UAAUAAAUUCAAAAUAGAAAUGUCUCGCAGAUCAGGCUCAAGGCCGUAUAGUGCUCAUCCUUCUUCACAUACAAGGAAUUUGAUAGCAAAAACUUUGAACCAAAAUAACCCAAACAAUGUUGAUGAUGUUGCUAAGAUCUGGACAGCCUUAGGUAAAUAUAUUGCCAAGAUAAUCAAAACUGGCAAGGGAGUCUCCAUACCGAAAUUCGGCCAAUUCACAUUUACUCCAAUGAAGGUAGAUCUCGCUGGAUCAACUAAUCCAGAUGUCAGAGAUAAGCAAUUGAGAGAACCCAUUUUUCAAGUAGCCCAAGAUUUUGUAUUAGGAAUGCCUUUAAAAUCAGGUGUUGUGAAUAAUACAGGAACAUUAAGACCAUUUCAAAUUCAAGGCACCUCAGGAAUAGUUCCAAAAGUCAGAAUCAAUUAUACAGAAAUCGGAUACUAUGCUGGUGUCUCUAAAGAUGAUGCCAAGCAUGGCUGUGAUAUUGUUAUUAGAGAUCUCAGUGAUAAAGUUAAAAGCGGCCAGCAAACCAAACUUCUCAUCCCUAACGUCGGAUACUUCUUAUGUAGAGCUAAAGUUGUUGGAGUAAAGUUCAACGGUGAUGUGGUGCAGGAUGCUGUAGGUAAAACAUCUAAAGCACACUUUGUCAACAAACUGUUCUCGAAUAGUGUGAACAGAGCCAAUUUAGAAAUCCUUGACCAGAAAGUAUCGCAAGGAAUCAGGACAAGACCAGCAAACUUCGAAAGCACCAAUGCUAGAGUCCCAGUCGUAGGUAUGCAUGAUGACUCGCUGACAGUGACUCCAGAAGCCCAGACCUGGAUGCUGAACAACCUCGGCAUCAACAUGGACAGUGGACUACCUGUCAAGAGUGCUCACAAAGCCAAGCCAAGAAUGAAGAGAACAUUCUCAGCCAGGCCAGGUUUCAGAAGCAACGCUUCAGACAGAGGGUCAACUGUGAAGUCAGGACAAAUGAACUACAGGUUCGAGCAGGACUCUGUACACUCCAAGCAAGAUGAGCCUCUGUUCAAGAUCAGAAACAGCUCCAAGAAGAGAAGACCAAUGAGUGCAAUUUCGAACUUCUCAAAGAGAUCCAGAGCUUCUUCGGCAAAGUCUGCAGCAAGUUUCGUUCCAAAAAUGACGAGAGCAAGCGCCCUUGCUUACUGCAACAAAAUAGCUGCAAACAGGCUUGUGCUGGACCAGGCAAGGGCGUCUAAAUUCAAUGCCAGAGACAAGCUGACUCCAAGCGAGAUCCAGCAUGUGCUACAAGACGCCAGAGUGUUCAUGGAUAUUUCUACAGUCAGAGGGUUCCUGGGUCACCUUCACUAUUCUCCUCAUGGAAAGUCUUGCUCGAUUCUUGAUUUGAUCAGAAAGUGCAAAGAGUGGAGUGCAGGAGGACCUGGCAAAUAUGCACCACCAGCUGCUAAAGCCACUUCUCUGCACACUACUGAAGAACUCGUAAUCAAGAUCAGAGACUCUUUGUACAAAACUGGACUCUCAGCUGAUAAGUUAUUCGACAUUGGGUGAGACCAAAAACGAGAAAUUGACGAAGAAGCCUUUGUGUUUUUGAUGAAGAAGUACUGUUCCGAAGUUGUCUCUGAAGAUGAUAGCAGAAGAGUCUUCCAAGCUUGCCACAGAAACCUUGGUUCGAAUCUUGGACUAUCAGACUUCAAAACCAUAUUUGGAGCUGUUGCACCAAAGUCUAACUUCCAUAUUCAGGGCUUGAAACAGAUCAGAAGCUGGAUGUAUGAGAACGGACUGACUUCUGACCAAGCGUUUGACUCUCUGUUUGGUGGUAAACAAACAGUGAGUCUGGAUCAACUAGAACAAGCACUAAGCAGACACUUUAGAUUUACAUCGCCAGAGGUAGAAGACAUCUUCAAAGCCAUUGCUCAAAACCAUUCUUCUCUUUCUUCCGCUCAAAGACAAGACUGGCACCAGCAGCCAACUGGAGUAGCUACAAGGCCAGGCUUUGACUCUGAGUCAGAAACAAAAUCUAAUAUAAAUCUCCCUCACAACAGUGCUGUAAUUACCAAGCGGAAGUGGUGUGAAACAGUAUAUGAAGACUCUGCUAAUCCUCUGCAGCUGAUCAGAGAAAUUGUCAACGAAUACAACUUAGACGAAGAUGACCUCUUGUUCAGAAUGAAACUCAGAAUAUGGGACGACCCUCUGGACUACCAACAAUUUGUAAAGGCGAUCAGGAGCCUGGACACCUCUCUCACUGAUGUUCAGCUAAGAGCACUUGCAAAAUCAUUGAAAAAUUCAAAGAAUCUCGUAGAAGUGCCAGUGUUGGUCAACAACUUGAUCGGUAAAGACCACCAAACUGUGGAUUUCAGAGAUAAGCUUUACAAAAGACUGUUCUCCGAAAUCCUUGAAAGUGGCGGUGGUUCAAAGAAAGAGAAGUUAAAAUAACCUGCUGAUGAAAUACGAUACUCUUAAUGAUGGCACCAUAGUUGCUCAGGACCUUCAGAAAGUCCUCAGUCAGGUCAGUCCAAGUAUUAAGAAAGAAGACAUUCUCAGAUUCACCAGAUUCUUAGAGAAAGACCCUAGAGGGAGAAUCGAUUACACAAAGUUCAUAGAUGAUCUUGAGAAAGUCAAAGAGCAUAAUCCAUUCAAAAUCAUUGUCUCAAGAAUCAAAGCUUUCAUGAAACAGAAUGGCCAAGAUGUCCAGAAGUUCAUGAGGAGACUUGUAGCAGGCGAAAGCCAAACUGGCUCUGGCUUCCAUAAAGAAGAAGGCCUUGAGAAGGAGAGAAAAGUCUCAGUUCCAUUCUUUGCUAAGUUCCUUAAGAACAAAGUUGCCAAGAAGAAAACUAUUGACGAACUUACUAACUACGCAGAACUCAUCGAUGUAGAUGGGGAUGGAUUUAUCAGUAUUCAUGAUAUGAACUCAUGUCUUGGAAAUUUGAAUAACGAAACAUUCUAUAAAAAUAACGGAUCAACUCUCAUAGGAACAUUCAAGACAAUUUUGUCAGAGCGGGACAAGUUCUUCCCAAAGGACCCACUGCCUCAUCAGAAAGCUUUAGAGGUGGUCGCCAAAAUCAAAGAGGCUCUCACUGCAAAAGGAAUUUCAAUGCAUGUGUUAUUCUCUAAACUUGACACGAAUGGCGAUGAGUUCCUGACAUUCACUGAGUUCUCUGAGAACCUCGACCCGAUUGUGAAGCUGUCUCCGAUCAUCAAAGAAAAGCUAUUUGCUCUGAUGGACGUAAACAAGAUCGGAAUGGUGGACUAUCCCUCGUUCCUUGAAGUUCUGAAGCUGACCCCUGUAAGCGCUAAAACAGUCAGAGUCGAAGAUAACUUCAACUGGGAGUAUGAAACAGUCGACAAAAUUAAGAAGUGGAUUAAUGAUGAAGGCAUCACAGUCGAAGAAGCGUUCAAAGCGUUUGACAGAGACUUUGACGGUCACAUCAGCAUUGAAGACCUCAAGUGGGUUAUCAUCAAUAUCAUCAAGUCAGGAGACAAAAAGACUAUUGGUGGAUCCCAGCUAGAGAGAUUGUUCAAACUGCUUGAUUUCCACAAGUCUGGUCGGAUCCAGAAAUGCGACAUCCAGAGGCUUGUUGAAAAUGAAAACCCAUACUUGUCCACAGGCAAACUCACCAACUCAAAGUUCAUGGUGGGCGAAGACACUUUCGAUUGGAAGAAUAACGCCAUCCAGCAAAUAGGCAUUGAGAUAUCCAGGAGCGCCAAGUAUAAAUCACUCAAAGACUGAUUCAGAGUUGCAUCAAAAGGAAUGGGUAAAAUCAACUACAGAGACUUCAAAGAGUUCGUGCACGAAAACAAUGCUCUCAAAGGCUUCAACCUGACUGACCAGUUGCUGCAGAAGCUGUUCUCUGAACUAGAUCCUCAUAAGAAAGGGUUCUUGUCAGAGUCAGAUUGGGAGGCUGCAUUCGGAGGAUUCAGCUGGCACGAUCAGUUGAUUGUUGAAUUGCAAAAUCUUGUGUCAUGAUCAUUUACAGAUGUAGAGUCUGCUUUUGAGUAUUUCCAGGUUAUUGGAAAUAGCAAAUCAAUUACAAAGUCUACUUUUACCAAAGCUGUAAAUUCUCUGAGAGGCAAAACUUUGAACUCUCGAGAAGCCGACUACAUGUGGAAAUAUUUUUCUGAUGGAAGCAAAUCUAUUGAUGCUGAUAAGUUUUCUCUCAUAUUCUCAGACCUCAACUUCAGUGGCACAUCGGCCCUUCGAAAGACUGGAAAGUCAUUGCACUCGACAACUCUGGUGAGCAAGACCACAUCUUCAAGCCAGUGGAGCAAGAAUGUGAUGGAGAAGUUCAGGAAAAUCAUCAAGAGCAGCAACAUGCACUUGAGAGAUGUCUUCGAAAGAUUCGAUGAGGAUGGAAAUGGGCUGAUUACUCCUCUGGAGUUCAGACAUGCAGUCAGGACACUCAACAUCAACUUGUCAGCUAGAGAAAUCGAUGAAAUCAUCAAGGUAGUUGAUAGAAACAUGGAUGGCAUGAUCGACUGGAAGGAGUUUUCAUCCAAGUUUAAAACAAAUAGCAACGAAUCUCUUAUUGAAACUAGAUCCAAGAACAAAAUGGCUAAACUCAAAGAACAAAUGACUUCCCACAUGAAGAGCCCUCAAGAUGCCUUCAACCUCUUCGACAAGUCUCAGUCUGAACGACUCUCCUUCGCCAACUUCAAUGAACUCAUCAAGGAACUGGCCAGGCUCUCAGGCGAAAGCGUGCCUCCCUUCGCAAUCGUCAAAGACUUGUUCGACGAGAUCGACAUCCGCAAAGACGGAGCCAUCGACCUGAAGGAGUGGAACCAGACUUUCCUAAGGGUGCAGGCUGGCGACAACAGGUUUUCACUCAAGAAGAUCCCUCAACACUUGGCCGAGUUCGAAGUCAGCAGAGAGGCCAGAAUAAUUCUAGAAGCCAUCAGGAGGAACAGAAAAUUCCUCAUUGAAAAAUUUAAUGAACGAAGCUCAGACGGAACUCAUGUUUCCUUUGAGGAAGCAAAAGAAAUAGUCAGAGCAGUUCAGAGAGGAGUCGAAAUAGAAGAUGACCAAUACAAAAUAAUUUUCAAAGGAGCCAUGAGAGAGAAUGAAUUAGUGGAAUACAAGCUUCUUGGUAGAGCUCUAAAACAGUAA